AUGGUACAAGCUGGAGUGAAUAGCAGCAACGAUAGUAGUAGUAGUCAAGAUACUAAUGAUAACGUUUCUUCGACAACCUCUACAACAACGCAAAGAAACACACCAUUUCAAGACAAUGAACAAAAUAUACGUUCACGAAGUAAAGCAGUCUGUAAAUUAAAUUGUACAUAUUGUAAUUCAAGAGUGUGUGUGAGGGGAAUGAAGGCUAUGCUUCUUGCUGAUACAAGAGUCGAGCUUUAUUCUACAGAUGUACCGCCAUUAUCUGGAAAUGUUCUUGGAUAUCAUAUCACUCAACCAUGUCAACAAUGUAUGGAUGCAUGUAAUAAUGGACACCUCUGGAUGUUUCACACUGAGGAAGUCACGAGUGAAGAACGACAGGACUUUAAUGCCGGUUCUUUUUAUGUAUAA